ACUAAAAAUCUGCUGAAAUAGUUAUAAGUUAAUUGAAGUUUUCUGUUGAAUCAUGUCUAAAUCGUUAGUGAAAAAAGCCUUAGCAUUGGUGGAAGAAGGGCUUUCAGAUUCGAAGAAAAAAUCAGAAACAUCCACAGGCAAAAAGCGCAAAUCGGACGAUUCCGACAUCAUGCCGCGGCACCACAAAAUGGUUCGCUACGUGGGAAAGAAGGGACGCAAAGAGGCCACCGAUGUGUUACGCCGCCGGCCGGAAAGUCUCACCGUUAUGGAAGCACGCAAGCGGAUACAGAACCGCAAGGAUAACACCGAGGACAAUGUGCGCCGGUUGCUUCUGCUGAGUUCGGCCAAUAUCGGCGAGGAAACGGGCGCCAAGUUGGUAAAACGAGCCCAAACAGGGCGAUACGUUGUCACGGCGGACGAGUUUAUGGACAAAAAGGGUAACAAGGAGAGUGCGUUCGAUGAGGAGGAUUUCGAGAAGUUCGAACAAGAGUUGUUGACUAGUGUAUUGAAUCAAUGAAACUGAUUAAGGGUAAGUUUAAUAAUACAAGUUGCCUAUA